AGGAGAAGGACGAAAGGAGUCCAACGUUUCAUUGUGUGGUUUAGAUAGUGCCAAUGCCUCGUAUUUAGCCAAAUUAGCGAAUAUAUUAGUUAAUAUGAAUGCAUUCGGAAGAAAUGCAAUAGCUCCGCCUAUUUGCGUAACAUUUGCCUACUACUAUAUAGCUCGUUAAUAUUUGACGACAGCUAGAGGAAGGUGUGCAGCCUGCAACAUUAGCACGAUCAAUUAUUCUGUAGAAUUUAGCUGGCAAAUCUGUUUGUGAACUAGUCGCGAAAACGGCAGAAUGUUUAAUUUUUCAACGUUAACGAGAUAGCUAGCUAGCUUGCUGAUGAAACGGCUAAGUGUCGAAACUGUACUAAACCUUGUUUUCUGUGGGUCACGUGAGCAAGUACCACGUUAGCUGUGUAGCUAUAUUACCUAACUAAUUGAACGGCAACAUGUACAAACAACCCGAAAACAAUGCUCAUAAAAGUGGCGAUAAGAUCAGCCCGAUAAGUGUAAUACUGGUGAGCUCAGGCAGCCGUGGCAAUAAGCUACUUUUCCGGUACCCGUUUCAACGAGUUCCUGAAACCACAUCGUCUCUAAUAAUGAAGCAGCGAAGCCCGUAUGCGCUGAACUCCGCCGGUGACGCUCCAGAGGACCAGGAUGGGGAUUCAAGGUACUUUGAUAGCCAGACGCCAGUGAGACCACCAAAGUCUGCAGAAGAACUGAGAGAACAAACCCCAUUAACUGAUGAACAGUUGGUAGCAGGGUUCUCUGACAUCAUACUGGCCACCAUCCUAGCCACCAAGUCGGACAUGUGCGGGAGGAAGUUUGAGCUGAAAAUCGACAAUGUGCGUUUUGUGGGGCACCCCACCCUGCUGCAGCACCCCCACACCAUCCAGGUGUCCAAAACGGAUCCCUCACCCAAAAGAGAGAUGCCAACCAUGAUCCUGUUCAGUGUCCUCUUCGCGCUUAGGGCCAACGCGGACCCGUCGGUCAUCAGCUGCAUGCACAACCUCUCCCGCCGGCUGGCCAUCGCCCUGCAGCACGAGGAGCGCCGCUGCCAGUACCUGACCCGCGAGGCCAAGCUGAUGCUCGCCGCGCAGGAGGAGGUCACCACCAUGACCGACAGUGACGGCAGCCCCCAGUCCCCCUUCCGGCAGAUUCUACCCAAGUGCAAACUGGCGCGAGACCUGAAGGAGGCCUAUGACAGUCUGUGCACUACAGGGGUGGUGCGUCUGCACAUUAAUAACUGGCUGGAGGUGAGCUUCUGUCUCCCCCAUAAGAUCCACCGUGUCGGGGGCCACCACAUCCCCCCCAAGGCCCUGGAGUGCAGCCUGAAGGCCAUACGGCCCUACCAUGCUCUGCUGCUGUUGGACAGUGAGAAGGCUCUGCUGGCCCAGCUGCCCUUAGACUGCUCCCCUGCCCUGGUGCGCCUGGUCAAGACCUGCUCCGCCGUCAAAAACCUGCAGCAGCUGGCCCAAGACGCAGACCUCGCCCUCCUGCAGGUGUUUCAGAUCGCGGCUCACCUGGUGUACUGGGGCAAGGCCAUCAUCGUGUAUCCGCUGUGCGAGAACAACGUCUACAUGCUGUCACCUCACGCCAACAUCUGCCUCUACUCUCCCCAGGCAGAGCAGUUUGCUCAGCAGUUUCCGGGACACGACCUGCCCUCCAUGCUGGCCAAAUUCUCCCUGCCUGUCUCCCUGUCCGAGUUCCGCAACCCGCUGGACGCCCCCGUGCAGGAGGUGCAGCUGAUCCAGAUGGUGGUGUGGAUGCUGCAGCGCAGGCUGUUGAUCCAGCUGCACACCUUCGUGUGUCUGCUGGUGCCCCCCAGCGAGGACCAGCCCAGCCUGCGUGACGAGGAGCUGCCCCUGGCCGCCCGCGUGGGGUCACGCAGCCUCAGCACCCCCAGCGCCCUGAGCUUCGGCUCGCCCACCAGCAGUGACGAUAUGACCCUGACCAGUCCCAGCAUGGAGACCUCGAGUGCAGAGCUGUUGCCGGGCGGAGACUCCCCUCUGAACAGACGCAUGACUGAGACUCUGCUGGCCAGCCUGGGCGAGCACGAGCGCCGAGUCAUACUGAGCAUCCCUGCAGCGCAGAGCCCCGACGACCUGCGCAUGUUCGCCCGGCUGCUGCACUACUUCAGAGGCCACCACCACCUGGAGGAGAUCAUGUACAACGAGAACAUGCGCCGCUCGCAGCUCAAAACGCUCUUCGACAAGUUCCGCAGCGUCCUGGUCGUCACCAACCACGAGGACCCCGUCAUCUCCCUCUUCCAGUCCCCCCUGGACUGAGCUGGGACCCCCCAGGACCUCCCGUGAGUCAGCGGAGGCAGCAGUGUUACACUAUGGCUGUAGCACCCCUCUCCCUCAGUGCUGGGAUCCCCCCCUUUUUGGGGAGUAUCCCUCACUGUCCCUGUCAGUGUGAACUUUGACCCCGGAUGCUGGAGGAGACACCUGCCACGUUUCUCUGGAGUGUGGUUAACCUUCUUCAACCUGCUGGUUGCACAAAGAAAUAUGCAGAGUUGGUGCAGUGAAGUUCUCCCUUUACCGUUUUCAGAGGGAAGGGUCUACAGUAAUGGUGCCAUUAAACCCAGAUCAGGUUUUAGUUUGACAAAACCUAAGGAGUGCAUUUUGAUUGGCCUUGUUUAUUAGCUUUGCGUGUGGACUGUCAAACACCUUGACUAAUCUCCACUCUUGAGAAUCAUUCUCUGUGAGCCUUGACAAAAACACAACAGGUUGGACUGACUGACAAACUAAUAAUCUGUGGGGCUUGGGGGUGUCUGAAGGGACUAGCCCCCAUAAUACUGCCACCCCCCCCCAAAAUGAAAUGUUUAAUGUUAUCUUUGGCGCAGCCUGUAGCCUAUUGGCUAUGGCACAUUACUGGUGGUUCAAGCCCCGGUGUAGCCACGAUAAGAUCUUUUGGGUUCCUUGAGCAAGGCCCUUAAUCCUGCAAUGCUCCCGGGGGGGGCUUGUCCCCUGCCUAGUCUAAUCAACUGUAAAUCGCUUGGAUAAAAGCGUCCGCUAAAUAACAAAUGAUGUUAUCUUCUGCAGUGGUGAUUUACAAAGGAAACGGAGCCUUUGUGUGAUAGACAUUGUUCCUGUGUUUACAGGUGUGAUGAUGAAUGUACAGUAUGGUUCCAGUUUCACCAUGGUUUACAACUGUAUCCAAUCAAAAUACAGACUCGGUUACCCAUAAAGGGCAGUGAGUGCAGCCAGCGCAUUACCUUAAUGCCCCCCCCCCCCCCCCCCAUGCUGCAUAUACCAAAGAAAGGGUUUCUUUUAUUUGUGUAUCUUUUCCCAUUUGUAUUUAUUUUGUUUAGAAUAAUGUGUUUAUUAUCCUUUGUAAGGUUCUUGGAAACAUGAUCUUUACUGUUGUUGCACUUUAACAGAUCGCUGAACAUUAAAUGUUGCAUUUUAGAGUAA